CCUUUCAACGAACGAAGCUCGUGGACCUCAUCUUCUCGCCCAGCUAGCUUUCAUCGACAGCUUCGACAAGCCAAAAUACAACUUAUUCGAAAUGGCCAAGGCAAAGAAGACCGGCGAUACCCUCGCCUCCCGUCUUGCCCUUGUUAUGAAAUCCGGCAAAGUCACUCUCGGAACUAAGAGCACCCUCAAGACCCUCCGCUCUGGCAAGGCUAAACUGAUUCUCAUCGCUGCCAACUGCCCUCCUCUCCGCAAGUCCGAGCUCGAAUAUAUGGCCAUGCUUGCCAAAUGCCCCGUCCACCACUUCGGCGGAAACAAUGUGAGUUACCCCGUCUCUGAUUUUUAUGCUCCGAGAAGAAGUCGCGUGAAGUGACUUCGGAGAGCGAGGUCGCUCAACGAAGGCAUCUUCUCUCGGGGGAUGCUGGAGAGCAAGGUGAAUUAACAACUCAUACUGCAGAUCGAACUUGGAACUGCUUGCGGUAAACUCUACCGUUGCUCCGUCUUGGUAAGUUCGAAAACUGCACUGAUCCCCGUUACGUCGCCAUACUUCUUGUGCAGCGAUAGUUCCUUCAAAAAAAAAAAAAAAAAAAAAAAAAAAAAAAAUCAACGAAGGGCUGACUCUGAAACUUCACACAUUAGACCAUCCUCGAUGCCGGUGACAGUGAUAUCUUGAGCCGUGAGGCAUAAACUUGCCCAUAAAAAUUGUUGUAUUUACAACUGCGAGAAGAUGACUCCGAUGGUCCUGAUGCCUAAUCAGAGCACCAUGUUGUAAACAGCGUUGAUCCCCGCGUGAAAAGCUCUGUCUUUGCUCCGGGCGCCACGAGAGUGGGCGGCCUCGUCGAGGGGCGACACGCAGUUUUGCAAUGAGCUAUUAGUUUAUGUAGCAAACUUCCGUCCAAGCAAUGAAGGCUACAUAUUCCAUUGAAGUCCCUGUCCAUUUAUCUUGAUUGCGGCCACUGAACGCGGGCGUGGCUUAUAAUAUCUGAACGUCCUUGUUUACGGAAUACAAAUUCAAGUAUCUCUCUGAC